GACUAGUGGGGUAGAUAAAAUUCUUCAGACACAAUUACUCAGACUUAAAAACGGAACAGACGUGGCAUUAUUGGCGAUAAAUAAUAGCUCGAUUAUAUAUAUUAUACAUAGAGUUGGUGCCAAAUCAUUAAAUUCUUAAAAGAUAUUAAAAUUAAUAUAACUAAAUGUGUGGAAUAUUUGCUUACUUAAAUUACCUAACGCCAAAAACACGGCAGGAAGUGUUGGAUUUGCUGGUCAAUGGCCUAAAGCGUUUGGAAUACCGUGGAUAUGAUUCCACUGGCGUUGCUAUUGAUGCCGUCGACAGUAAUGAUAUUAUAAUGGUAAAACGUUGUGGAAAAGUAAAAGUUCUUGAAGAUGCAAUAGGCAGCAAUUUUGAAGACGCACGUUACAGUGAAGAACCUGUACUAACACAUGUCGGUAUUGCACACACCCGUUGGGCUACGCAUGGUGUACCCUGCGAAUUGAACUCUCAUCCACAGCGCUCCGAUGUAAACAAUAGUUUUGUGGUUGUGCACAAUGGCAUCAUCACCAACUACAAAGACGUGAAAACAUUGCUUGAAAAACGUGGCUACGUUUUUGAAUCCGAAACUGAUACUGAAGUAAUUGCCAAACUGGUACAUCAUUUAUGGCUGCAACAUCCAAAUUAUUCAUUUCGCGAGUUGGUGGAGCAAGCCAUACAGCAGUUGGAAGGCGCUUUUGCAAUUGCAUUUAAAUCAAAUAUCUUUCCUGGCGAAUGUGUGGCUUCAAGAAGAGGUUCACCACUGCUCGUUGGUAUACGCACCAAAACAAGAUUGGCUACCGAUCACAUACCCAUACUAUACGCUAAAGAACAUCGCCCACAUGGAACUUCCUUGCAACCGUUGCCUUUAGUUUCACGUUCAGACAGCACGUCCGAGUUUCAGCCAUUGGAAAACAAGGAAGUGGAAUACUUCUUUGCUUCUGAUGCGUCGGCCAUAAUCGAACACACCAAUCGCGUAAUUUAUUUGGAAGAUGAUGAUGUGGCUGCUGUGAAAGAUGGUGCAUUAAGUAUUCACCGUUUGAAUAAGGUGUUGGAUGAACCACACGCUAGAGAAAUAACUACAUUGAAGGUGGAAAUUCAGCAAAUCAUGAAGGGUAACUACGAUUACUUCAUGCAAAAAGAAAUUUUCGAGCAACCGGAGUCGGUUGUAAACACAAUGCGUGGACGCGUAUUUUUCGAAACGAAGAAUAUUGUUUUGGGUGGCAUAAAGGAGUAUAUACCAGAAAUAAGGCGUUGCCGUCGACUAAUGCUUAUUGGCUGUGGCACCUCAUAUCACAGUGCCAUAGCAACACGUCAGCUGCUAGAGGAGCUUACAGAAUUGCCAGUAGUUGUGGAGCUGGCCUCUGAUUUUCUAGAUCGUAACACGCCUAUUUUUCGGGAUGAUGUUUGUUUCUUUAUAUCGCAAUCAGGUGAAACUGCAGACACAUUGAUGGCUUUGCGUUACUGUAAACAACGUGGCGCGCUGAUUGUUGGCAUAACCAACACAGUCGGUAGCAGCAUUUGUCGUGAGUCUCACUGUGGCGUACACAUAAAUGCUGGACCCGAGAUUGGCGUGGCUUCAACCAAAGCAUACACCUCACAAUUCAUUUCUUUGGUCAUGUUUGGUCUUGUUAUGUCUGAAGACAGACUCUCUCUGCAACAGCGGCGCUUGGAAAUUAUCAAUGGUCUUUUUAAUUUACCAGAUCAAAUACGCAAAGUUCUACAACUUGACACCAAAGUUCAGGAGUUGGCGAAGGACCUCUACCAACACAAAUCGCUACUGAUUAUGGGUCGUGGUUAUAAUUUUGCUACUUGUCUCGAAGGUGCACUCAAAGUUAAGGAAUUAACGUACAUGCACAGCGAAGGUAUACUUGCUGGUGAACUAAAGCAUGGACCACUUGCUUUGGUCGAUCGAGAAAUGCCAGUGCUUAUGAUAGUACUACGAGAUCCUGUCUAUACCAAAUGUAUGAAUGCCCUACAACAGGUCACUUCGCGUAAAGGCAGACCGAUUAUUAUAUGCCAAGAAGGGGAUGAUGAAACAAAAAGCUUCUCCUCUCGCAGUUUGGAAAUACCUGGCACCGUCGAUUGUCUUCAGGGCAUUCUAACUGUAAUACCCAUGCAAUUGCUAUCCUACCAUAUUGCAGUACUGCGUGGUUGUGACGUCGAUUGUCCGCGUAACCUGGCUAAAUCAGUCACAGUGGAGUAAGUGGACGUAAGCAUUUGAAUUUUAUUCCAUACGCGAUAUUCCAGCAAAAUAAGUAUUAUUUGUUCUCUCAAAUGAGCGUAGGAGGGCUGGAGUUAUUGUUAUUUUGUGCUUCUACACAAUUUUACCACAUUUCAUGAUCUGGGUGAAGAUAAAGGACAACUGCGGACUCUUAAAACUAUCCAAUAUAUUAUCUUAUAUUAACCAUUCUUAUACGCUAUUAAGUACACAAUUUAUCACACAAAAUAUUUUUGCCAUUAUAAUCAAAGUCUUAUGUUUAAGUUUAUUCCUGUGCAAUUAUUGUAUAAAAUAUAUAUUUUACAAUUAUUUGUAUAAAACCAAUAUA